ACGUGACAAUUGGCAACUCAUCAUCAAACAUCUAAGCAAGCUGCCUAUUCAAGUAUAUGAAGCUCCGAAGAAAACAAGAAUACAUUUAAAUGGAUCCUUCGAUGUCUACGGCUGAAAGGAAGUUGCGCAGCUCCAAUUCGACGUCCACUACUCUUUCCAUGGAGGAGCAACCAGUUGGAUUCGAGCGUGGACUCCAGCCAUUGCGGAUCAUUGGAGUCUGCGACUGGUCCGGCGAGCUGACGUUUUUGAUGCAGUGGAAGGGUUGCGACCAAGCGGAUUUGGUGCCCGCCAAGGUAGCCAACGUUCGAUGCCCCCAACUGGUCAUCUCGUUCUACGAGGAGCGCAUUCAGUUCAUGGAUGUCAGCGACCACGAAGACUCCAUGGACGUGGACUCCGACAAUGGGUAUGAAACCACUUCGAGCCCCGCGAAGGAACGUUCAUCAAAUGAAUAGGUCAUUAAACAUAUUCACAAAUUACUGUUAUGUACCGAAGACAUUGCGGAUCUAUGGAUGCCGCCUAUAAAGAGUAUUGAAUCUUC